UGGUAAAAAAAUUAAGAAUAUUAAAAUAUUUUUGCAUAAAACUAUAAUUUAAAUGUUUGUUUAUAAUUGUAUGUAAAAAUGUUGUUGAAAAGUGUUGAGUAAAUUAGUGAAAAAAGUGUUAGAAGUUUGUUGGAAAUUUGAUAUAAAUUAGAGCCGGUCGUUGUGUUGCUUUAGUUUGGCCAUUCGUUGGUGCAGACAAAAAGAAAAGAAUGCAAAUAAAAAGUAAAUAAAUAAAGAAUGCUGUGUGCAAGUGUGUAAAGAAAUUCUACGCUGUUGUUUUUGUAAAGUUUAUAAUUUCUAAUAAGAGUAUGUAUAUCUGUAUGUAAUGCAAGAGCGAAAAAUCAAAUCUUAAUAAAAGAAAUGCCACAGGUUGUUGUCAAUAAAAAGUGAAUAAUAAAGUUAAUAAUAAUAAAAGUAAAUAAAUAAAAUUAUAUUUCAAAAGAAAGAAAAUAAAAUAAAAUCUUAAAUAAAAUAGUAUGUUAAAGUCUGCCAUAAUAAAAAAAGGUCAAAAAAGUGAUCCAUUUAAAUGUAUUAAUAUUAUUUAUAAAAUAGCCAAAUAUUUCGCAAUUGUGAAAGUUUUAAUAAAUAAAAAAUUUUCAUUAGAUUCAAUGCCACGACUGAUCGUUCAGAAAUACCGAUUGCGGCUAACAGUCAAGAUUUCACAAAUACUUUGUAUUUCUGCUUUUCUCCUUCUUGUUUUACCCUCUCCCAUACUUUCUGUUAGCCAGCCUAAGUCCGCUAACACCAUGGCCGAUUCACAAUUCCAUAAAGGUUUGGAGUCGUUUGGCAUUCGUCUAUUCUCGGAAUUGGUAAAGAACAAUCAGGGUAAAAACAUUGUAUUUUCUCCAUUCUCUAUACAAACAUGCAUUGCUAUGGCACGUAUGGGAGCUGAGGGUAAGACCGCCCAAGAAAUGGAUCAGGGUUUGGCACUAACCGUUCAAAAUCCAGAAGAGUUGGCUAACAUUUAUCAUGCCAUACUGGAGUUGUACGAAAACAGUCCCAUUCUUAAAAUAGCCAAUAAGAUUUAUGUCAUGGAGAACUAUGAAGUGCAGGAGAAAUUUAACGAAUUGUUGAGCAAACAAUUCUUUUCAGCUGUUGAAUCGGUUAAUUUUGCUAAAAGAGAAGAAGCAGCCAAUACCAUAAACACUUGGGUGGAAAAUAAAACUAAUAAUUUAAUUAAAGAUUUAAUAAGUCCACAAAUUUUGGGUGUCGAUACACGUUUGGUGUUGGUUAAUGCUAUACACUUUAAGGGUGAAUGGCUCUAUCAAUUCCCCGAACGUGCCACACGAGAAAUGGAUUUCUAUUUGGAUGAGACCAACACUGUUAAAGUGCAAAUGAUGCAUAUAAAUGAACGUUUCAAUUAUGGAGAAUUUCCCGAAUUGGAUGCUACCGCUUUGGAAAUGCGUUAUAAAAAUUCCGAUCUUUCAAUGUUGAUCAUUUUACCCAACUCGCGUACCGGCUUGGCUGAUUUGGAGGAAAAAUUGAAAAAUGUCUCAUUACCGGAUUUAACCAAACGCAUGUUUAAUACUAAAGUUAUUGUGGAUAUGCCUAAAUUUAAGGCUGAAUUUGAAGUUGAAUUGAAUGAAGCUUUGAAAAAUUUGGGCAUGAAUCGCAUGUUUACAGAUCAAGCUGAAUUUAGUAAAAUGUUAAAAUCUGCCGAACCUUUACGAGUAUCUAAGGUCAUUCAUAAAGCUUUCAUUGAAGUCAAUGAAAAGGGCACUGAAGCUGCUGCUGCUACCGGCAUGGUCAUAAGAAAGAAACGAGCUCUUGUAGAUUUGUCCGAUAUCAUAGAGUUCAACGUUGAACAUCCUUUUGUCUUUAAAAUUCUACAGAAAACUUCAUCAGAAACUUCAUCUGAAAUCACCACAACAUCUGCUACAAAUUUAGUUUUAUUUGCGGGUAAAAUUGUAAAAAUUGAUGAAAUUAUUAAUUCGGCAACUUUAUACGAAAUUAGAGAUGAACUUUAAGUAAUUGAAAAAAAAUAAUAUUUUUGAAUAACUAAUAACAGAACAAACAUUUUGCAUGCAAA